AUGGUGCGCAAGGGGCAGGCGUGCCGGGAGGAGAACCCCGGCCCUGAAAGGGCUGCCGGGCUGGGGCAGGGCGGGGCGAGGGAAGGCGGAGGCGGGGCCGGGGGAAGGCGGAGGCGGGGCCGGGGGAAGGCGGAGGCGGGGCCGGGGGAAGGCGGAGGAGGGGCCGGAGGAAGGCGGAGGCAGCGGAGGAGGGGCCGGGGGAAGGCGGAGGCGAGGGGGGCCGGAGGAAGGCGGGAGGAGGGCCGGGGCAAGGCGGAGGCGGAGGAGGGGCCGGGGGAAGGAGGCGGAGGAGGAGGCCGGGGGAAGGCGGAGGCGGGGCCAAGGGAAGGCGGAGGAGGGGGCCGGGGGAAGGCGGAGGGGCCGGGAAGCGAGGCGGGGCCGGGAAGGCGGAGGAGGGGCCGGGGGAAGGCGGAGGCAGAGGAGGGGCCGGGGGAAGGCGGAGGAGGGGCCGGGGGAAGGCGGAGGCGGGGCCGGAGGAAGGCGGGGGCGGGGCCGGGGGAAGGCGGAGGAGGGCCGGAGAAGGCGGGGCGGGGCAAGGGAAGGCGGAGGAGGGGCCGGGGGAAGGCGGAGGCGGGGCCGGGGGAAGGCGGAGGCGGGGCCGGAGGAAGGCGGGGGAAGGCGGCUCCGCUGCGGCCGCGAGGUGGUGUUGUAGGUAAAGCAGCGCCUCAAUUAAGUCAGUCUUACCUAAUGAGCCUAAAUCGUACUAAAAACGUACGGUGGAUAUUGAUCCCCUUUCGCAUCUAG